UGACGACUCUUUCUCUCUGCUUCCUUCUCGAUUUUUGAUUCGCUCACCGGCGGAGGAAUCUGAUAUGGCGGCGGCGACGAAGACGGAAUCGAGGAACCAGAUUCCGCCUUACAUGAAAGCAGUCUCAGGCUCACUAGGCGGAGUCGUCGAGGCUUGUUGUCUCCAACCAAUCGACGUAAUCAAAACGCGUCUCCAGCUAGAUCGCGUCGGCGCUUACAAAGGAAUCGCGCACUGUGGUUCAACGGUGGUUCGAACCGAAGGAGUUCGUGCUCUUUGGAAAGGUUUAACGCCGUUCGCUACUCAUCUCACGCUUAAGUACACGCUUCGGAUGGGAUCCAACGCCAUGUUUCAAACCGCGUUUAAGGAUUCCGAGACCGGAAAAGUUAGCAAUCGUGGCCGUUUGCUUUCCGGAUUCGGCGCCGGUGUUCUUGAAGCUCUCGCCAUUGUUACACCCUUUGAGGUGGUGAAAAUUAGACUUCAGCAACAGAAAGGAUUGAGUCCUGAGCUCUUCAAGUACAAAGGACCUAUACAUUGUGCUAGAACCAUUGUGAGAGAAGAAAGCAUACUCGGGUUAUGGUCAGGUGCAGCACCAACGGUUAUGCGAAACGGCACCAACCAAGCUGUAAUGUUCACUGCGAAAAACGCAUUUGAUAUACUCUUGUGGAACAAACAUGAAGGCGAUGGCAAAGUCUUGCAGCCAUGGCAGUCAAUGAUUUCAGGGUUUUUAGCUGGAACCGCAGGUCCGUUCUGCACCGGACCAUUUGAUGUGGUGAAAACGAGGUUGAUGGCUCAGAGCAGAGACAGUGAAGGUGGGAUUAGAUAUAAAGGGAUGGUUCAUGCCAUUAGAACAAUUUAUGCAGAGGAAGGAUUAGUGGCUUUAUGGAGAGGGUUGUUACCGAGGCUAAUGAGGAUUCCUCCAGGACAAGCAAUUAUGUGGGCUGUUGCUGAUCAAGUCACUGCUUCAUCUUCGGCGGCGGAUCAGAGGUUAGCAAGCUCUUUCUCCGACAACGGAGGUGUGGUUUCUUCCCCUUUCGAGGUAGUUGUGGCACUGGUUGGGACGGUUGAGAAGGAGUUAGUGGAAGCGAUUAACACUUCUACAUUGGAGAAGAAAGAUAGUCUUUGUUUCAUUGAAGUGAUUGUUCACAAAGAUGAUACGAGCAAAGACUUGCUUGAGUGGGGCUCUCGCGUCUCAGCUGCUAAUGGUCGUCCUCCCAAUCCUCAGUAGAAGCAAGAGAAACGAAUCUUGAGUGUGGCUCAAGCAUCUCUCGUUUAUUGGCAAUCAAAUCACAUUGUUACUUGUUUUUCUUUCUCUUAUGUCUUAAGUACUGAUUUGUUUUCCUACUAGUUUCGAAUUUUCGACCGUUGGUUUUAAUUGCUUUUGCUUUUAAUAUCCUUCUGAUUAGGUAACCCUUUUCGUGACAUAAAGUUUUCAUUAUAAACUUCAAUAUUUGUG